UGGUGGGGGGGGGGGGGGAAGCGAUGCAUAAUUCAACGAAAGUGGUAAAUUAGUGAAAAAUUCCAUCCGAUCCCGGAGCUCAUCUGGUCGCGUCUUUUGUUAAAAACCAGAGAGAGAGAGAGAGAGAGGGAGAGAGAGAGAAGAAGAAUAAGAAGAGGAGGUUCAGUACUCUUAGAGAUCAAGGAUGUUGUUUCAGGUGGGAGGGGAAGGGAGUCGUCCAACCUUCUUCGAGAUGGCGGCGGCGCAGCAGCUCCCCGCCAGUCUCAGGGCCGCUCUCCUUUACUCCCUCGGGGUGUUUGCUCUAAGAAGACCCUUCCUCCACAAGCUGUUGGACUACGAAGACGAGUUCUUUGCCCUUCUCAUGCUUGUUCUUGAAACUCACAGCUUGCGCACAACAGAUGCUUCCUUUUCUGAAUCUUUAUAUGGCUUGCGAAGGAGGGCAGCUAAGAUAAAGGUGAAGAAGGAUAAUACUCAUUCACAAUUGGGCAAUAGGAUUCAUCAUCGUGGAUUGGAGAAGCGUGAAAAAGUUCUCUCAGUUGUGUUUCUGGUUGUAUUACCAUAUCUGAAAUCAAAAAUGCAAUCAACCUAUAACAAAGAAAGGGAAGCAAGACUUCGAGCUAGUUUAUGGGGAGAUAGUGAUGAAAGAUUUAAUGAUCCUGACUUUAUGGACGGAGGUGGUGAGUCUUUUGUUUCAACAAGCAGUUCGGAUUCAGAAGUAUCAGUGGGGAUCCAACUGAAGAAGCGGGUUCAGAAGAUUGUAGCUGUUUGCUACCCUUGGCUACAUGCAGGAAAUGAAGGAUUAUCAUUUGCUUAUCAGCUGCUGUAUCUGCUGGAUGCUACCAACUUCUAUUCACUUGGAUUACAUGCACUCAGUAUCCAUGUCUGUCGAGCUACAGGGCAAGAGCUGAUGGAUACCUCUUCUAGAAUUUCUAAGAUAAGAAGCCAUGAACGUGAGAGGCUCCGAGGACCUCCUUGGUUGAAGGCAGUACAAAGAGCAUUGCUCAGCUGUAUGUAUACAGUUCUUGACUAUGCACAAACUGGUUUAAUUGCUGCGGUGUUCUUCUUUAAGAUGAUGGAGUGGUGGUACCAAUCUGCUGAGGAAAGAAUGUCAGCCCCAACAGUGUACCCUCCACCACCUCCUCCUCCACCACCAAAGGUUGCCAAAGAGGGAAUUCCACUGCCACCUGAUCGAACAGUGUGUCCCUUGUGUUCACAAAAACGUACAAAUCCAUCUACGCUUGCAGUUUCAGGAUUUGUCUUCUGCUAUGCUUGCAUAUUUAAAUAUGUUUCUCAGUACAAAAGAUGUCCAGUUACAUUAAUGCCUGCAACUGUUGAGCAGAUUAGAAGACUCUUUCAUGACAUGUGAACCGUAACGAAUUUCCUGAAGAUAACUUCGAUUUAUCUGCUGUAUGAAUUACGUGGCAAUCAGAUCACAUACCAAUUGGGUACACUCUGGAAUGGCAGGCUGAAGGAUCUUUUAUAUCGAUUUAAUUCCCUCAUCUAUAACCUUUUUCCUAUUAGACGAAGCAGGGAGAGAAGUUUGUUUAUUAUUAUUAUUUUUCAGGGAACAUGCGAAUCGAAGGGCGUAUAUGAGAAGUGUUGUAUAGAAUGAUUUUACUGUUGUAACAUAGACGAUUCGAUGAAAGGUUAACAUGGUAUAUGAAGUUGAUCUAUUUAUUUA